CGGCGCAGCGCUUUUACCGUACGGUCGCCGCGCCGCGCCGUACAGACGUAUAUCUGUUACAUCUGCAUACAUACAUGAUACAUAUGGGAUGGGAAAUGGCGGCCGUUUAGCCGACGGCGCACGAUCUUCCGCGGAGUGACUCGGAGUAGUUUUGUGAACCGCGCGCGCACCAGAGGAGAUUACGACGACGGGAAGGGAAAGGCUGACGUGGGCUGAGCUGACGCCACCGUUCGAACGUCGACGACGAUGGCAAUGUCGAAUCUCUACUCGAAAAUCUCUACCAAGCCAAUGAAGCGUUUUCAGGACAACGUCGCGGUCAAACAGACCAAUGCUUGGAUGAACGCGGAAUCUCCAAGUAAUACAUCAGAUUCACCACCAUCGGUGAGUCCACUCUCCUCGUCUAUCGUCUUACAACGCGAAGGAAUCACCGUGAAUCAGCCAUUGAGCGCACCUGCAUCGCCUCUGUCUUCCUUAUCUUCACCCGUGACCCACGUAAAUUUACUAUCACCCGGAGAUUGUACCCAAGAUCCCAAUUGGCAAGCGACAAAACCUACAGUUCGAGAACGAAACGCGGCGAUGUUUAAUAAUCAUCUUAUGGCUGAUAUUAUAUUUAUCGUUGGCAGUCCAGGUCACACACAAACGAUACCAGCACAUAAAUAUGUCCUCGCUACUGGCAGUUCUGUAUUUUAUGCCAUGUUCUACGGAGGGUUACCAGAAAAUAAAAGAGACAUAGAAGUGCCUGACGUUGAACCAGCAGCCUUUCUCGCGUUGUUGAGGUACAUGUAUUGCGACGAAGUGCAGCUAGAAGCAGAUACAGUUCUAGCGACGUUAUACGUCGCGAAAAAAUAUAUAGUUCCACACUUGGCACGGGCGUGUGUCAAUUAUCUGGAAACGAGUCUCACGGCGAAGAACGCGUGCCUGCUUCUGAGUCAAUCUCGCCUGUUUGAAGAACCCAAUCUCAUGCAACGUUGCUGGGAGGUGAUUGAUGCACAAGCAGAAAUGGCCCUAAGAUCUGACGGUUUUGUGGAUAUUGAUAUUCAUACACUCGAAUCUGUCUUAUCUCGAGAGACACUAAACUGCAAAGAAAUCCACAUAUGGGAUGCUGCAUUAAGAUGGGCCUCAGCGGAAUGCAUACGGCAAGAUCUCGAGCCUAUUCCCGCCAAUCAAAGGCAAUUGUUGGGAUCUGCCUUGUAUUUAAUUAGACUUCCCGCUAUGAAUCUCGAAGAGUUUGCAAAUAGUGCGGCACAGACAGGAAUCUUAACGCAUCAAGAAACAAUCGACUUGUUUCUGCAUUUUACGGCCAGUAAUAAGCCACAACUUUGUUUUCCUACCAAGCCACGUCAAGGGCUGAAAACUCAGGUUUGUCACAGAUUCCAAUCCUGCGCAUAUAGGUCAAAUCAAUGGCGAUACAGAGGUCGUUGCGACUCAAUUCAAUUCAGUGUUGAUAAAAGAAUAUUUGUGGUGGGUUUUGGGCUAUACGGAAGCUCAUCCGGUGCUGCUGAUUAUAACGUCAAGAUAGAACUUAAGAGACUCGGGAAUGUUCUGGCAGAGAAUAACACCAAGUUUUUCUCCGACGGCUCGAGUAACACGUUUCACGUAUAUUUCGAGAAUCCAAUACAAAUCGAGCCAGAAUGUUCAUACACGGCAAGUGCAAUAUUAGACGGUGGGGAACUGAGUUUUUUCGGUCAAGAAGGUAUGUCGGAAGCGACAGUCGGCAGUGUAAACUUUCAGUUUCAGUGUAGUUCCGAAAGCACUAACGGUACCGGUGUCCAAGGAGGACAAAUUCCCGAAUUAAUUUUCUACGGGCCACCAUCCGACGAUUGACAGAAGAUCGCGACAGAGCUUAUGGUUUAAUUGCUGGCUUGCACGAAAGAAACAUUUAGAUAACAUUCAUCACUCCGUGGGAAUAAAAUCCGCGCGGAUAAAGUUCUCGAGACGUAUGUGAGAGGAAGGACGGUGUAUUUCACAAGUAUUCAGAUUUAACGUCAGAUAUGAAUAUUCUUUCAAAUCGAAAUAGUUGUCAAAUACUCAAUAUUCGGGAAUAUAUUCAACGUCUAGAUAGAGUACACUUUUUGGGAACGUCUGAAGAAUAAUACUUACACGUAGAGAUAAAUAGAACAAGAUGUGUCGUAUCUAAUAUUUUCAGAUACACAGCUACCGUAUCGAUUCUACUUGAAGAAAAGUAUUUUUUCUAUUAUAUUGUAAAUACAGUUACGUUAUAAUGUUGCGAAUGUUUCAGCGAACGUAUCCUUCUUCCUAGAUAGAAAUAUUACGUGAAUCUUAUUUGACGUCUCGUGUCUGUUAAUUACGUAAUGAGAUGUAUAUUCAUUGAAACUUGUAUAUAUCUAUUUAAAUUUUUAGAUUACGCACCAAACGUACUAUUACAUUAUUGUCACGUAAUUUUCUUAAAGAAUAUGCGAUUGAAAUAUAAUGCUAUAAAUAAAAAUGUUUUAAAUCCAAAAGCGAUAUCAAAUUUUAAUAUGCACGUGCGAUACUAACGUGAUUCACUUGGAACGUAUAUUUUCGUAGAGGGCAAAGAUAGUAUGUACAGUUAUAUUGUGCACGUUGAAAGUAACACGUAAUAUAUAUUUAAAAUUAACGUCUCGUUAUUUAGAGCGCUUGUACUAGACUUUUGACGUUUUAAUAUCUGUUUGCGUAACGUUAUUGGCCGUGUAAAUAAAUAUAUUUAGUUGUGACAUUUCCAAGAAUUUCCAAAAUAUCUUUUCCGUACAUUAUCACUACCCGUUUCGUUGGUAAACUUGUGUAAAUACCUUAGGAAAAGAGCACAUCUAUUUUUCUAUGCAUAUCUAACUGAUGCAGCAUUUUGCUCGAUUUGCGCGAUGACGUUGAUUUUUGUCUUGUAUCGAGUGUACGAAAGAAGAUGGUUAUUUAAACAUUGUAAAUAUAUAUCUAGGAUAAUAAUAGAGUAUAAAGAAAAAAGAGGUCUGUGUGUCAGAGAGCGCGUAAUAUCGUUUUGACUAAAUAUACUUGAAAUAUUGAUACUCUCCUAAUGUAAAGGAUAUUAUCUAAACUAAUCCAUGUGUGAAAAGUAAAUAAAUGCUUUGUCACUGCGCAUGUAAUUAUCAAGUUGUGAGUACUGUUAAAUGACGUUAUGAAAAUAUGUUUAAAUGUAA